AUGAAAUUCUUGGCGCCGAUAUUUGCCCUCGUGGCCUUGACUGCUGCCAACACAGUCCAGUUUGAACCACUCAGUGAUGAACAGAUUUUCUACAUCAAUAACCUCUCAGGUGCUAACUGGAAGGCUGGCAGGAACUUUUACCCACACGAGCUGGAGAGAGCCAAGAGAAUGUGCGGUGUCAACAUUGCAGAAAACAUGGAAUACAACAAAAAACAUCUGGGCAUCAAGGACAUCCAAGUGAGGGAGGAUCUGCCAGACACAUUCGACCCCAGGACUAAAUGGACCAGCUGCCCUAGUCUGAGUGAAAUCAGGGAUCAGUCUAAUUGUGGCUCCUGUUGGGCUUUCGGGGCUGUUGAGGCAAUUACCGACAGGAUCUGCAUCAAAGGGGGAGGUCAGGUUCACAUCUCGGCAGAAGAUGUCAAUGAUUGUUGCAAAAGCUGUGGAGAUGGAUGCGACGGCGGUUAUCCCGGUGCAGUGUAUCAGCUGUAUGCAUCAGACGGCAUUGUGACGGGUGGACAGUUCGGGUCCGAAGAGGGAUGCAAGCCCUACUCUCUUCCUCAUUGUGAUCAUCACACAACCGGGAAAUACCCAAAAUGUAAAGGGGAUGCCCCAACACCAGCCUGCCAGUUAGCCUGCAGAAGUGGCUACAACAAAACCUACACUGAAGACAAGAGGAAAGGAUCGUCUGCCUACCAGAUCUCCGGCGAGCAGAAGAUUAUGCAGGACCUGGUCGAUAACGGCCCUGUCACUGCGGCAUUCCAGGUUUACGAUGACUUCUUGAACUACAAAUCUGGUGUUUACAAGUACACAACCGGCCAAUUAAAGGGUGGACACGCAGUGAAAAUCCUGGGAUAUGGUGUGGAAAAUGGAGAGAAAUACUGGCUGGUGGCAAACUCAUGGAAUGAAGACUGGGGUGAUAAAGGUUACUUCAAAAUACUGAGAGGCACUGAUGAGUGUGGAAUUGAAGAUCUAAUAGUUGCUGGGGAACCAAAGCUCUGA